AUGUCUAGAUCCAAUUUGUCCGCAAAUUCAUUCUCGAAUGUCCGCAGACGUCCGCAAAUUCUCUCGAAAACGUCCGCAAAUGUCUACUGUAUUUAUUUAAUUUAUAAACUUUAUUUUAGCCACACCCUUUAUUCCCCCAAUUUUCUCAUAAAUUUUUUAGGCAGAAACACACAAUGUUGUAAAAAUUGCACCUUUAUUGGUUUCAUUCAAACCCUCUCUUUUUUAUUUCUUUAUACAAAACAUGUUCAAUGUCAUUCCCAGUCACUUUCCUCCUUUCAUUUCCGCCCAAUUUCUUCUCCUUUUUAUAAAUCCGCCUUGUCAUGUAAAAGUUUGUGUUUUAAGGAUUUAAUUUUUAAAAGACUUGGAGGAAUUGUUUUCGAAAAUACUCGGGGCCAAUUUACAAAAAUUUUUAGGAAACUGGAAUAUUUUUAUGAAAUUUGGCAAAAACCGGGACCUUCCUAUUUUAUUUAG